UCCUCUGUACUUGUACACGCGCGAACGACAAUUCAGAGAAAGGGAGAGAGAGUGUGUGUUACUGAACAGCGAGAGAAAAAGGAGGAGGAGGUAGCGGGCAGCCAUCAUCACCCCAGAAAGGUAAACGACGAGCAGGUCACGUACGUGCACGAAUCUCUCUCCCUCUCUAUCUACUCCGCUUUACGCUUCUCUGAUUCCCCCUCCCUUUCUCGUCGCCAUGAUAAACCAAUGAUUCCGUCAGAAUCGAAUUAGAUCACUCGCCACACGCUCCUCCCUUGCAGAGCCGCUUCCAGAGGCGGCGAACGGCGGACGCGGAGACCGUGCGUUCUCCGAGGCGGCCAAGUCAACGCCGGCGGCGGCCGCGGGCGGUGAUCGGUUGGUCGAUCCCGUGCGGAUCCGAGGGCCGGCGCGCUAGGCAAUCCGACCAGCUCGUCGCCGUCGAUGGGGUCGUUCAAGGGCCACGUGCUGCCGGGCACUCUCUUCCUGGCGGUGGGAUUGUGGCGUGUGUGGGCGUCCGUGGCGCGGUUCGCCGCCGACCCGUCAAACUUCCGCGUCCGCGCGUGGAACCCCGUCACGGCGGGGCCGGCGCCGCUGCGGCUGCUGGAGCUGUACGUGGUGGCCGGCGGCGCGUUCGCGGACAUGUGCGUGGAGGUGCUCUACUCCACGCACCUCCGCAUCUUCGCCGGCGGCGAGGUCAACCCGGCGCACCUCAACGACCUAGAGCACGGCGGCAUGCUCCUCAUGUUCUUCCUCUUCGGCGCGCUCGCCCUCCUCUCCCAGAAAACCAGGUGCCUGCCGUUGACGGACGGUGCGCUGUGCCUGGUGGCGGCGACGGCGUUCACGGCGGAGUUCCUGCUCUUCUACUUCCACUCCACCACCCACAUGGGGCUGGAGGGCUACUACCACUACCUCCUCGUCGUCCUCAUCGGCCUCUGCAUCGCUGCCACCGUCCUCGGCGCGCUCCUGCCGGCCAGCUUCCCCGCCGACCUCGGCGCCGGCGUCCUCAUCGCCCUGCAGGGCCUCUGGUUCUACCAGACCGCGCUCACGCUGUACGGGCCCAUGCUCCCCACGGGCUGUGCCCGCGACGCCGACGGCCACAUCGAGUGCCGCAACCGUGGCGCAGAGGAGCGCGCCGAGCAGCUCGCCAACUUCCAGCUGUUCGGGCACGUGUUCCUCGCGUUCGUGUACGUGCUCGGAUGCUACGCCGUCGCCGCGGCCAGGUACGGGCACCCGGACCUGACGACGACGCACGCCACGCACGUCGCCGCGACGGAGCUCCGGGGCGCCGGCGGUGACGAGGGCGCGAUCUAGUGGCUGCCUCUGCUGUUCUUCCUCCUCUUCUUGAAUCUGGUAUAGGAGUACAUGGUCAGAAGAUGCUGGGAUGUUCAAGAGUUCAGGCUUCAGCUCAGCAUAAGCAUUGGGAGUGUACAUUUUUGGGAUUAAUUACAACAAAUUCACAAAGGAUUUGAUCAGUUACUUGUGCUGUAACAGUUGAUGAUUUUUGUAUGCUUAUUACAUGAGGGAUAGAAUAAGAGGGAGAGUUCUUGUUGAGUGCUGUGCAAAAGUGCUCUUUCAGCUCAGCUAUUUGUGUUGUACAUGACAAGACGUUGGUUUCCACUUUGUUGACAAAAGAGUUCGAUUGAUUAGUUUCCA